CAACUAGGUUCGGCCCCAACGGUGAUCCCCGCCCUCCGAACGGAUUUCAUUCGUCAUCCGUUCGUCGAGACGUUGGAAAACGUCAUUAUAUAGUAGUUCACUCCUGUUAUUAUACCUCAAUUCUGCAUAUGUGGAUUUGGCAUGUGCGAAUGAGCGCUUUAUGUGGUAAUCUUGAAUGGAUAUGGAAGUUUUCUUGUUUCUCACACUUAUUUAUAUCUUGGCGUUUGGCCUUGGCCCUUUAUUACUCUUAUUUUACUAUUAGCGACUUAUUAUUCUAAUAAAAUUUUGACGUCUUAUACCACGUCUACGAUGCCAGAAAACAGCAAAAACAAGUUCUCGUACCUCCCGCUGAGCACGAGCGGCCCAAUAGAAUGCGCUGUGACCGGAACUGUCUUAUUAAACACACCAUACUUCAACCGUGGCUCAGCACAUACGCCUGAAGAGAGGCGCGAGUUCGAUCUGACUGGCUUGCUACCUCCUGCCGUUCAAACCCUCGAACAGCAAAAAGAGCGCGCAUACCAGCAGUACAUCACUAGACAAGAUGACUUGGCCAAGAACGUGUUCUUGACAUCCUUGAAGGAGCAGAACUUAGUCCUGUAUUUUAAGCUUAUACAAGAUCACAUAAAAGAGAUGUUCAGUAUUAUAUAUACACCAACAGAAGGCGAUGCAAUUCAGAACUACUCCCGCUUGUUCCGACGACCCGGGGGCUGUUUCCUGAAUAUCAAUGAUAUUAACAGGGUUCACUAUGACUUAGCUCAGUGGGGAAAACCCGAAGAUAUUGACUACAUCGUUGUCACAGAUGGCGAGGAGAUUCUUGGCAUAGGAGACCAAGGCGUAGGCGGGAUUCUUAUCUCGGUCGCGAAGCUCGUCCUCACUACUCUCUGCGGUGGCAUUCAUCCUAACCGAGCCUUGCCCGUCGUGCUGGACUGUGGGACAGACAACAAGAACCUUCUAAACGACGAUUUAUAUCUCGGUCUACGCCAGAACCGGGUACGAGGCGAGAAGUACGACAAAUUCGUUGAGGAAUUUGUUCAAUCCGCUCGCAAACUGUUCCCUCGCGCUUAUAUCCACUUUGAAGACUUCGGCUUGGCGAAUGCUCGUCGUAUUUUGGACCAUUAUAAGCAUGAAAUCCCCUGCUUCAAUGAUGAUGUCCAAGGCACCGGCUGUGUGACCCUGGCUGCCAUCAUGGCUGGACUACAUGUCAGCAAGCAAAAACUUCGGGAUGUCAGGAUGGUCAUCUUUGGCGCUGGAUCCGCUGGUGUAGGCAUUGCUGAUCAAGUCCGCGAUAUUAUCGCUACCGAGAAGGGGAUUAGCAAGGAAGAGGCUGCGAAGCAAAUCUGGCUAAUUGACAAGCCCGGCCUCCUUACCACCAAAACCGAGACCAGCUACAGUCAAAAGGGCUACGCUAAAGACGAAUCAGAAUGGGAGGGCAAAGAACACUCCCUACUAUCCGUCAUCAAAGAAGUCCACCCCAACGUCCUCGUCGGGACAUCCACCGUCCCCAAGGCCUUCACCGAACAAGUCGUCAAAGAAAUGGCCAAAGGAGUCGAGCGCCCCGUCAUCCUCCCCUUAUCCAACCCCACUAGACUCCACGAAGCCGUCCCCGAGGAUAUCCUUAGGUGGACCAACGGCAAGGCCCUAGUAGCCACCGGCUCGCCUUUCCCACCCGUAAAAGGCCCCUGGGGUAAGAACGGCGAGGAAAUCGAAAUCGAAGUCGCAGAGUGCAACAACUCGGUCGUAUUCCCCGGCAUCGGCCUCGGCGCCGUGCUCUCCCGCGCGUCCAAAAUCACGAAUAACAUGCUCAACGCGGCCGUCCACGGCGUCGCGGAGUUGAGUCCCGCGCUGAAGGACGAUACCGCGCCCUUGUUGCCCGGGGUAGAUAAUGUGCGGGCUGUGAGCGUGCGCGUUGCGAGGGGCGUUAUUCUUGCGGCGUUGGAUGCUGGCGUUGCGAGGGAGGUGGGGAUACCGACUGAUGAAGGGGAAUUAGAGGAGUGGAUUAGGGAGCAGAUGUGGAAUCCGGUGUAUCGCCCACUGAAGCGCGUUGAUCCGGAAGGCGCUAGCAGAGCGGCGAAGGCGGAGUUGAAGGUUGUGGGCAGUUUGGGGAAGAUCAAGAUUGAGGUUGCUCCGCAGUGAGCUAUGUUAUGUAGUAUUCUUACCCGGGGGUCUCGAGGGGUUUAUGUAUAUGGUGACGAGGUGGAUACAGGAUCAUUGCGAAGAUAUUAUAUUAUCUAGGGACCGUGAGGUAGAUCGACCACUAUCUAUGGUUACAUAUAUAUACCACGAGGCUUGUGAAUAUACGCCGCUGCCAGGGUAUCAGAAUAAAUCUAUC